GAAGUUAUUUGAUAUAUUAUUGUGAAAUAAACUGUUUUAAAAGAGAUCUUUUUGCUCUUGAUUUUAAAUUACCAACUUUUUCAUAUCGACAUGCUAUUUGAAGUAAUUCAUUCAAUGCCUUUCAGUACUUUUAUAGUGCAAUUUUAAUGCUUUGUUGUGGAAAUGGACUUCCAAAGGACUUACAUUGAAAUAAGUGAUGAUUAUGACCACAUUGAUCCAAAUAUAGAGUAUAUUUUGGAAAAUGUUCCCGGUACAGUAGUUGAUAAAAACGAAGAAUACCGGCAACUGCAAAUAGAAUUUAACUCGAUAUUGUUAUAUGGCUGCGAAGGAGAUUCCUGCAAUCAUAAUUGCAGUAAUUGUUUACAUGGUGGUAAUUAUAAAUGGGAUGUUAAGAAUCAAGAGUUGAUUCUAGAUACAAAAAAAGCCGGAGAAAUAUUUAAUGAGUGCAGUUUUAUUUGCAAAUGUGAUCCAUCUGUCUGUUUAAAUAGACUUAUACAAAAGGGGCCGAGAAAGAAACUAAAAAUAUUUGAUUCUGAUUUGUUUCUUUCUAAGGGGCUUCUUACAACAGGAAACAUUCCAAAAGGGGGUUUUAUUUGUGAAUAUGCUGGAGAAAUUUUAACAAGGAAUGAAGCAUCGCGACGUAUAAAUUUAAACGAACAAAAUUUAGGUAUGAAUUAUAUAUUGGUUAUGAAUGAGCAAAGAGAGGAGGGGAAUUCGACCAACAUAACAAUAAUUGAUCCAAGCAAGAAAGGUAAUAUCGGCCGAUAUUUAAAUCAUAGUUGUGAUCCAAAUUGCGAGAUACGAUCUGUGCGUGUGGAUUGUCCAAUUCCUAAAAUAGCCAUAUUUGCAAAACGAGAUAUUAGUGCUGGAGAAGAACUUUGUUUCCAUUAUAAUGGCGGCCAGAUAGAAAAACAACCAAAAUUCGAAGGAAAAACAUGUCUCUGUGGUGCCGUUAAUUGUGCGGGAUUUAUGCCAUUUAAUAAUUUGUUAUUUUGAUAAUUAAAGGGCCUCAUCUCACUUCUGCUAACUAUUUAUUGCAAUUACAUUUUUUUUUAUGGGUUACAGACGAAUUUAAAAUAAAAUUUAACAAUUUUGUCCAUAACAUA